GCUCUCCCGACCACAUUUAAAGCAACUGUCGUCACCGACGGACUGCUGUGGGAAACGUUCUUAACCACCGUCCGGUCUUCCAGCUCACAACGGUCAAACGGUCAUCGACGAGGGCGGCUAGUGUCCGGCUCUGCGGCACCUACCUGCUGUAACCAGCAGCGACCACCGGAACCUGAACAGCUUCUAUUUUCGAUUUCUGCACUGGAUCCUGAUCAUGAGUGUCUUUGCCCUAUUUCUACUUAGCAGCCUUGGGUUUGCUGUCACUGCUAGGGCCCAGAGCUGUUCCAAACCUGCUGGACGAAACAACAUGCAUCUGAAGGACGAAUACAUUUUGAAAGACACAUUUGAGGACGGAUCCACUGUGGCUUUUGCCUGUGAUAUUGGCUACACAUCCACAAGAGGUUCUGGAAGCAUCAAGUGCGCCGCGGGCCUUUGGACUCCUGUUGAGCUGACCUGCGAGAGGAAGAACUGCGGAGCCGUUGAAGAAGUGGCUAAUGGAGCGAUCAACUACCCCACGGGCACCCAGUUUGGGGAUAAAGCCAUUGUCACUUGUAACACAGGAUACAGAUUAGUUGGUAAAAAUGAAAUCUUAUGUGGAGACGAAGGAUGGCUGGGCAGGGUGCCUGUAUGUGAAGUCGUUAGAUGUCCGCAGCCAGGCGGUAUUGCAAAUGGUGGCUUCAGUCCACAGAAGGAGGAAUACUCGUAUAAAGACGCUGUGAAGUACUCUUGCAACAACGGUUAUACUCUCAAUGGAUCAAAAGAAUUAAUGUGUGGGAGAAAUGAGAAGUUUGAGCCCUCUCCUCCAUCAUGCAUCUGGGUUCAGUGUAAAGAUCCGGAGAUAAAAAAUGCGAAACAGAUUGACGGCUCUCGACCUCCAUAUGGGCACCAGGCUACUGUGAUCUACGCGUGUGAAAAUGGAUACAGUAUGAGGGGACAGUCUAACCUGGUCUGCAACAUGAGUAGCCAGUGGGCGCCUAGACUUCCACAAUGCGUCAACAAUGGAAAUGCUGUUGUGGGAGGAUUGACUGGUGGACUUGCAGUGAGCAUCACAGUCCUACUGGUCCAAAAUUACUGGAUGUAAACAUGUCUGGAGAAGAGGACUGUGCUCCGAAUAAUCGGACAGGGAUGUCUGUUCUUCAUUUGAUGUGGAGCUUACAAAAUUGCUCGGAAAUUUCUCCUAAACUGCACCCUGGGACCGAAGCAGAUUAAGCUCUGUCCUUCUUUUUUGCUUUAUGUAGCUUUCUGAAGUGGGAAGAUAAAAACCCACUGCUCUGGUUGGCCAAUCGUAAUCACUUCCUGUUUGAACGUUUCUUGGCUUAUAGUUAUAAAACUCUGCAUUGAUUCUUGGUUUACGCAGUGGAGAGCAGUCGAGCUUGGCCUUAGUAGACAGAUUUACAGGUUGUCUUAAGUGAGCAUGAGUUCGAUGUUUAAAAGAGUUCUUUAAGAAUAAAUUGGUAAAGAAUAAGUUAAGAAAUAGAUUAGAGGUAAAUUUAUUUAAUUAUUUUAGCUUGAAGCUUGGCAAAGUCAGAAAUGGCUGCACAAAGGUUGUACUUGUCCAACAAUUUAACAGUACAAGAAAGUGUUAAUGUUACAGAUGGUUGUGUUUUUUAUUUAAAAUGGUUGAGUCAACCAGUUUCAACGUUUCAGAAGAGAGGGAUCUGUUAAAUAAUUAAUAGUGCCUAAACAAAUGGCGUAUUUGAUAUGCCUAAUUGACAAGAAAAGAAAGUAUUAUUUUCUUUUGUCAUGUGUCCUUAUAUGUAAAAUGCCUUGAUGUUAAGCCACUUGUUAGUCCAUUUCAGUUUUAUAUUAAAACCACAUAUUUUUUUUUUUUUAAAUAAGUAGUGUCAAAUUCAUUUAACGUUUUAUUUCUUGCUGGAAUUUUUUAACUACUUCCUCGAACGGUUGAAUAGUAUUAACUUAAGGAUUCAAACACUGGAAUUGAGAAAAUGUUUGAAAAGUUUUAUUUUUAAGUUUUGCACUGGGUUUGCCUGUUUAUGAAAAAUCAAAAGAAAUGUUUUUGUUGUGUUUUGAGAAGACAAACUAAACCUGCACUUCACUUUCCUUUUUGAAAUCAAUAAAUGGGGAAAGAAAAGCAAUGUA